UCAUCUACGUCAGCUAGCCCGGUCGGCGGGUCAGUCCGCAGGUUCGGUUCGUUCCGGCGCCGUUGGAUCCAGCGUGCUGCCCGGAGUUCGUCCCGCUCUUAGGUCGCUGGGCUGGGGACGGAGGCCCGUAGUUUCUGAGAAAUGAAUUCCAGUAUGAAGCAGAAACAGGAAGGAGCUGGAGAGAGUGUAAAGAACAGUCCUGUCCCAAGGAGAACACUGAAAAUGAUUCAGCCUUCUGCAGCUGGAUCUCUUGUUGGCAGAGAAAAUGAGUCGCCAAAAGGCUUGUCCAAAAGGAAGCAUUGGAAUGACCAGUUAACAUCUAAGACUUCAAACUCUGGUCCAGAAGCCAGUGAAAAUAAAGAUGUUGGAGAUGUCACCCAGGAAGCAUUUGAUCUUAUGAUUAAAGAAAACCCAUCUUCCCAGUAUUGGAAAGAAGUGGCAGAAAAACGAAGGAAAGCUCUCUAUGAAGCACUUAAAGAAAACGAGAAACUUCAUAAAGAAAUUGAACAGAAGGACAGUGAAAUUGCCCGCCUAAGAAAGGAGAAUAAAGAGUUGGCAGAAGUAGCAGAACACGUACAGUACAUGGCAGAGGUAAUUGAGAGGCUGAGUCAUGAACCUCUGGAUAGCUUUGAAUCACCGGAUAGUCAGGAAUUCGAUUCUGAAUUGGAAACUGUUGAGGAUUCUGAAGUGGAAGACUCAGAAACUGGCACAUGUGCUGAAGAGAUUGUGUCUUCCUCCACCGAUGCCAAACCUUGUACAUGAAGUGUGAGUUACACUGCCAGCUUUGCCCUGCGGUAUAACUCCUGGUAAAUUAACUACAAGAUGCAAGUACUGGAAUCCAGGUUUGAAUCCUGGGGGCUAUUACCACAUUAAAAUACACAUAAUAUGUAUUUUUAAUCUGUUUUAUGUAAAUAGCAUUUUCAUUUUCUCAGAUGUGACUUGUGUAAAUUAAAUAAACUUCAAUUUCCUAUUGAA